GAGCACACGCCACCGCCCGCGCCGCCCGCGCCGCGCCGCUCGUGUCGCUCGACGCUCGCGUACGCUCGCUUUGGCUUCUGCCUCGCACGUGGCCCGGGAAACGAGAGGACGCGAUCCGCCCUGUCGCCCCGUUUCACACAACAUGCUAGACAUGAGCAGCUGGCGCCAGCAGCACGCAGGCUCUGAAUCCACUCGAGAUACUCGGUAUGAUCCCACCACAUACAUAUGCUUCCGUUCGUUGUGUAACAGCGCACGCCCUCGCGCCCUCACAGCGCACAAAGUUGGGGGGAGACACGCCGGCUGCGCAGAGGUAGGCAGUAUCCAGACCCCAUCUGAUCAUUCCGUGAUAAUCGUUUCGCGCGAUCGCGCCUCCCACAGGCGACAAGGCCACAAGGCCACAAGGCCACCAGUACGCAAGUGAACAGAGUGAUCAGCGCCGCGGUAUAGGGCUGUGGGCGCUCGACCGGCGCGAAGGCCGCACCUCUCGCAUUUCGCAGGCUAAUCGCGGAUCGCGGAUCAAUCGCUGGCCGUGGAUCA